AAGCCAGAUCCUCGAGCCAGUGCAGAUUCACAAUGUUGUUCAGCGCUACGCCGAGGAGAAUGCACAAUCGACACGGGACCGUGACUGUGCGAAGUUCCUUGAUAUGGUCAAGAGGGAUAAAGAGUGCCGCCUGGGCAGAGAACAGUCGAAGGAGCUGCGCAACGCCUAUGAGGGUUGCGUAUUGGCCGUCCUCAGGAAUUGCAAAGUCGUGGCUACUACUUUGAGCAAUGCUUCCCACGAACUGCUUCGCGAUUCGAGCUUCGAACCCGAUUUCGUGAUCAGCGACGAGGCUGGGCAGUGCCUGGAGGGUGACCACUGUAUCGCUUUGACGAUGCCGACGGUCAAAGCGGUGGUUCUCAUCGGAGAUCCCGAUCAGCUGCCGCCAACAGUCAUUUCAGAGAAUGACUGCAACGAGGGGGCCACAUAUCUCAAACGGGCGCUCAUGACUCGGCUUCAGAAAGCGGGUUAUCCAUGCACGAUGCUUACCACGAACUGUCGGAAUCAUAGCCAAAUUCUCGAUUUGUGGAACAGGCGAGUGUAUAAUGGCGACUUGCGAGUCCAGUCCACUCGAUGACGAUAGCUUGGUGGUCAAAGUCUGGCCUCUCGAGGAGCCCCUCGUUCCGCAAAAGGUACCCCCGUCAAGCAGAAGGUUCCUGAAGUCGUCAUUUCUGAUGAUUCGUCGAUUCGGAGUACCCGGUCUGGGAAAAUCCUCAACCCUCCUACGUUUGCGUCGAAGUAGGGGACUCCUUCGUCGAGUGUUCGCCUGGACAAGCCAUCGUCCCUCUCUAAUGAUCCCUUCGUUUCGGAU